GCAGCGGUGUUCCAUCGGCUGCGUGUGGAGUGUGUUCAAUCGGAUUUCCAUCUCUCUCACAAAUAUAAUUUAACUUCUUACAAUUUCCCCAUUUGGAUUUAAUUUGCGUCUGAAAUCAAAUUUCUCCGCUUACUUCUUGGCGCUCGAUGGAUGGUAAAACUGAAAAAUCUAGGGCUGUGACCAAGAAUCUAUCGCCAUGCGAUGUUGAAGCUCUCAGGAAAUGUUUGCAGGAAAACAAUGGCGAUCGUGUUAAGUGCGAGUCUCAAAUACAGGCCUUCAGGUCUUCUUGCUCCCUAAAGAAACCAAAUCCAUCUUUACAAUCUGGAAGGAACAACUUCGAGGCUAGUGUUUGAUUUCUAUCGAUCUCCUGCUCUAAGUACUGCGGAGAGUUAUUUUUACAGAUUGUAAUUGAUUUGUUUUUCUGAAUAGUCGUGUCUUGGCAAUAAAAUUCUUGAAUCUUCAAUUGUCAAUCCUUCAACUUCAAUUCAAUUUUGAAUGUCGUUCUGCGUUAUGAAUUUGAUAGUCCGAAUGAUUGUUCUGUUGGAUCACUGAGAUCCCCCUUCUUCAUGAAAGUUUAUUAAAAUGGAAAGUUUGUUGAUAGAAUUAUGUAGAUAUGCAUUCAAACUGUGGUUAAAGUAGAUCAAAAACCUCAUUACGAAUCAAGGAACAGUAUGUAUCGUAAAUUUGUAGAAACCUUUGCCUUUUACUCUCUCUAACCCAAUGAAGUGAGUUCAAUAAUCAGCCUGGUGGUUGAGAAAAAGAACAACACAAUAUCGAUGAUAGGAACAAUCCAAUUCAGAAGUUUCACUGAGUGAUUAUCAAAACAUGGAAUGAUCAAUCACUUUUGAAGAGACAUCUGAUGGAGUAAUCAUGAGUCUUUGUUUAAUUAGGGAAAAAUUAAGGGACCUGUGAUAGCUUGAAUUAACUUAAUCUCAAGGCAAACAUGCAACAGAAGGAAAAAAAAAAAAGGUUUCUGCAUUUUCACUCCAAAAAAGACCAACCAAACCUCCAGAAGAGAGGGGAGAAGUCCUUUUCCAUUUAGAAACUAUGUUCUUUCAGAGUGCAAACUCUUUGUAGACUACAUUUGUAGACUUCAUGUGAAGGCAAAGACAAGCCAAGCACCAACCCCUCCAUCAGCCCUGUUUCACAUUUGAAGCUUUUUUUCUUUUCCCCUUCUUUUAAAGAAAGUUUGAAGUUAUUUAUUAUUCUCUCUUUUUCUGUUCCUUCUAAACUUCCCUUCUUGAAAAUGAAGGAAAACGAAAAGGAACCAGUAAGCAGACAUGGCUUCUUAUCAGUCCUAUGUCCCUUUCUUCUUAACAACCCCCUCCCUCUCCUUUGAAUUGAAAAAAACAUACUGGGAAAACCUGAAACAUCUAGCCCAAAUACUAAGCAAGGUUAGGUGAGAGAUAGCAACCUUAAACACCAUCAAAAACAGCAUAUCUAUUCCUUAGAUAUUGCAAUUGAAAUUCAGUUCUUCUUUGGGAGAUUGUCAAAUGAAAUAACUGUCUCGAGGAAGAAGAACUCUAACCUGGCUAGCUUUUUCUGGGAUUUGGAUUUUGCUUUGCUUUGCCAUUUGUAUUUGUGUUUUUAGCCAUACUGCUCUGUUUCCUCUGUUACAACAUAAUGCAGCUUCAUAUCUCACCUAGUUUGAGGCAUGUCACAGUUCUACCAGGCCAAGGUGUUAGAGAGUACAUCAAAGUGAAGGUUGCAUCGAGGCGGGUUUCAUGUCGAAUGCUUAUCUAUUCACUUCUGUUCUUCACCUUUCUUCUCCGGUUCGUGUUCGUGUUGACAGCAGUUGAUACCAUUGAUGGAGAAAGCAAGUGUUCUACUCUAGGUUGUCUGGGGAAAAAAUUAGGUCCAAGGCUUUUGGGGAGAAGAUUGGAACCAAAAGUUCCAGAUGUUAUGUAUCAAAUAUUGGAUAAGCCCAUGAGCAAAGAUGAACUUCAAGGAAGAUUAGACAAUAUUCCUCAGACUUUAGAAGAUUUUAUGGCUGAGAUCAAGGAAAGCAAACCAGAUGCAAAAACUUUUGCUCUUAAACUCAGAGAAAUGGUCAGUCUUAUGGAACAAAGAACCAGAACCGCCAAAAUUCAAGAAUACUUGUACAGGCACGUAGCAUCUAGCAGCAUACCAAAGCAGCUCCAUUGCCUUGCCCUCAGGCUUGCCAAUGAGCACUCUACCAAUGCAGCUGCUCGCCUCCAGCUUCCUUCAGCAGAACUCGUACCGACCCUUGUUGACAAUUCUUACUUUCACUUUGUCCUCGCCACUGACAAUGUGCUUGCUGCAUCUGUCGUCGCCAAAUCCCUCGUCCGCAACGCUUUACGCCCACAGAAAAUUAUUCUCCAUAUAAUCACAGAUAGAAAGACUUACUUCCCUAUGCAAGCAUGGUUUUCCCUUCACUCUCUAUCACCUGCAAUUAUUGAAGUUAAGGCAUUGCAUCAUUUUGACUGGUUUACAAAGGGUAAAGUCCCAGUUUUGGAAGCAAUGGAGAAAGACCAGAAGGUCCGGUCACAAUUCAGAGGUGGGUCAUCAGCCAUUGUCGCAAAUGAGACUGAAAAACCUAAUAUCAUUGCAUCAAAGUUGCAGGCACUGAGUCCAAAAUAUAAUUCCGUGAUGAAUCACAUUCGUAUCCAUUUACCAGAGUUGUUCCCAAGUCUCAAGAAGGUGGUGUUCUUGGACGACGACAUUGUGAUUCAAACUGAUCUUUCCCCUUUGUGGGACAUCGAUAUGAAUGGGAAGGUUAAUGGAGCAGUAGAAACAUGUAGAGGAGAUGAUAAAUUUGUAAUGGCGAAGCGAUUUAAGAGCUAUCUGAAUUUCUCACAUCCUUUAAUAGCAGAAAAUUUUCAUCCUAAUGAAUGUGCAUGGGCUUAUGGAAUGAACAUCUUUGAUCUUGAGGCCUGGAGAAAGACCAACAUAAGCCUCACAUACCAUCACUGGCUUGAACAGAACGUGAAAUCGGACCUAAGUUUAUGGCAGCUUGGGACUUUGCCUCCUGGCCUUAUAGCAUUUCAUGGUCACGUUCAUAUCAUCGAUCCAUUUUGGCAUAUGCUGGGCCUAGGUUAUCAAGAGAAUACAAGUUUUGUUGAUGCAGAGACUGCUGGAGUCAUCCACUUCAAUGGACGAGCGAAGCCAUGGCUCGAGAUAGCCUUUCCACAUCUCCGGCCAUUAUGGACAAAAUAUAUCAACUUCUCUGAUAAAUUUAUCAAGAGCUGCCAUAUAAGAGCUUCCUAGGUUGGGAAGAAAUUUUCUUCGACUGAUGAUAAAGAAUCACUUGUAAAUGCAAAGAAGAAACAUGAGAGAGUUCUUUGAAACAAGAUAUGAGAUGAAAGCUGCCACUCUUACUGUCUUCUCCUGCUUGCUCUUCAUCUUUUCCUCUAUUCUCAUCUUUCAAUACUAUUAACUUUUUGUUUCCUUAC